UACCAGGAUGCUCCUGACUGGACUGAAAUCUUGACCUACUUCCGAGGGUCAGAACUUCAAAAUUAUUUCACUAAAAUUUUGGAAGACGAUUUGAAGGCUAUCAUCAAACCACAAUAUGUGGAUCAGAUUCCAAAAGCUGUAAAGGGUUCUGUACAGCAAUUGUUGGACAAAAAAGAUGAAUUGAAGAAUCAAGACUAUGUUUGUUCCAUUUUAGAUUUGCAUGGAGUAAAGAACAGAAAUGUGGAAGAUUUAUCUGGUGGAGAACUUCAGAGGUUUGCUAUUGCUAUGGUCUGCAUACAAAAAGCCGACAUCUUCAUGUUUGAUGAGCCCUCAAGUUACCUAGACGUGAAGCAGCGGUUGAAGGCUGCUCAAGCUAUUAGAGGUCUCAUUGCUUCCAACAAAUACAUUAUUGUCGUUGAACAUGAUUUGUCUGUGCUUGACUAUUUGUCUGAUUUCAUCUGCUGCUUGUAUGGAAUGCCUGGUGCUUACGGUGUUGUCACUAUGCCCUUCAGUGUCAGGGAAGGCAUCAACAUUUUUCUUGAUGGUUUUGUGCCGACUGAAAACCUGAGGUUCAGAGAAACUUCAUUGACAUUCAAAGUCUCGGAAACUGCCACUGAAGAAGAGAUAAAGAGGUUAUGUCGCUAUGAAUAUCCUAGGAUGCACAAAGCACUUGGCGAGUUCUCUAUUCAGGUGGAGCCUGGUGAGUUUACAGAUUCAGAGAUCAUCGUCAUGUUGGGCGAGAAUGGAACAGGCAAGACAACAUUCAUUCGCAUGCUUGCUGGUCGUUUGGAGCCAGAUGAUGGAAUAAAAGUACCACAGUUGAAUGUAAGUUAUAAACCUCAGAAGAUCAGUCCAAAAUCACAAGGAACUGUUCGCCAGUUGUUGCACGACAAGAUACGGGACGCCUAUAUCCACCCGCAGUUCAUCACGGAUGUCAUCAAACCAAUGCAGGUUGAACAACUCUAUGAUCAAGAGGUUCUGAACUUGUCCGGAGGUGAGUUGCAGAGAGUUGCCCUGACCUUAUGUCUUGGAAAGCCCGCCGAUGUCUACCUCAUUGAUGAACCGUCUGCCUAUUUGGAUUCUGAACAACGUUUGCAUGCCGCAAAAGUCAUUAAGAGGUUCAUACUGCACGCCAAGAAGACGGCAUUUGUUGUGGAGCACGAUUUUAUAAUGGCCACAUACCUGGCUGAUCGAGUAGUAGUCUUUGAAGGAACACCGUCAGUUAAAGCAGUUGCUAAUGUACCUCAGAAUUUGCUGAUUGGGAUGAACAAAUUUCUACAGUCGUUGGAUAUCACAUUCAGACGUGAUCCAAACAACUUCAGGCCUAGAAUAAACAAGUUGAAUUCUGUAAAGGACUCAGAGCAGAAAAAGAGUGGCAAUUACUUCUUCCUGGAGGACUAG